GACAUGCUCACCUUGUUUGGGUGAAAGUUCAACGUUCAAAGUCCUGCUUCCCCCUACAUUUGUUCACCUUAAGUUCUUCCAUCAUUUGAGUAACAGCUUAAGGUAUCAAAGUUUGAAUUCGCCGCUUGCCACUUCUUUAAUUUGUAGUCUUCUUUAUCUUUGAACUUGAUCAAACAUUUUGUUUCUUCUACGUCUUGUUCCGGACUCAGUCAACCAUCUCGAAACGUUCAAAAUGGCGGAAUCAAAACUUCUGAAUCGGCUCUCAGAAGAUUUUCUCGAGUGUCAGAUCUGCCUGCAGCCCUACCGCCGACCAAAGGUACUGUCUUGUCUUCAUUCCUUCUGUCAGCAGUGUCUUGAAGAGUUUCUUAAGAGACAAACGGUAAAAACUGAGCUGGAUUGCCCCACCUGUCGCAGCAAGACUUUACUUCCGGGUGGCGGGGUCGCGGAACUGAAAGAUAAUUUCUUUGUGGAAAGUCUGAAGGACACGGUUGGCGUCCACAAGAAGCUGACAGAUGAAGCAGAGGUUCUCCUUUGUGGUAGCUGUGAGACUAAGACUGGGGCGGAGUCUUUCUGUAUGGAAUGUGGCGACUUUCUUUGUGACGAAUGUGCCGCAAUACACCGUCGCAUGAAAGUCACAAGGGGUCACAAGAUAGUCGGAGUAGAGCAGCUCAAAGCCGACUUUGACAAUGUUAGGAUCAAGCCUCGUCCCCUGCCACCGUGUAAGAUCCACUCACAGGAGACUUUGAAAUUGUUCUGCAUCGAUUGUAGCGAGGCUAUUUGCCAGAUAUGCACCGUAUUGUCCCACAAAGACCACAAGUACGAGUAUUUCACCGACACAGCCGCCAAGGAAAAAGAAGACAUACUUGCUCUUCUUGAGAAAACAAAAAAUAAGUUGAGGGAUCUUAAGAAUGCUGAACAACAAGCGCUCGCACAGAAGAACGUGUUUGAGAAACGAGUCAAGGAAACUGCCGAGAAGAUCAAAAGCAAAGCAGAGCAAACGAUAACGGAGGUAAAUCAGCGAGAGGCAGAGUUACAGAGUUACGUGACUACAUUGAGCAAGGCCCGGAAUAAAGAGUUCUCCACGGCUAUAGAAGAGAUAGAAACGGCGACUGUGGCGUUAGAGAGCGCGGCAGAGUUCGGACGGAACAUCGUGGAACACGGGGCGGAGUUUGACAUUAUGGCGGUCGGUGCCCAGGUGAGCUAUAGACUGAAGAAACUGUUACAGGUAGAGGCUGCCAACAUAAUAGAGGAAUUACCUAAGAAGACCUACAUCGCUUUUAAGGAGGAGGAGACGUCAAUUAUGGCUAAACCUCGUCUGGGAGAAGUCAAGACAAAGAAAUUUGAAGACUCUGUCAAGCCUUUUAGCCACUGGAUCGCAUCAAGAGAUGUCCAUACCCACGGUAAAGACCACGGUCAUGUGCCUGAAAAUUAUGACAUCCACUUUGAGCCUAAAGUGUCACAGUUACAGGGAUUCGGUCAGCUGUUCAAGACCAAGCCACCAGCUGCAGCUUCGAGUGGGUCCGUUUUCGGAAAGGCCUCGCCAGCUAAAGGAGCGGGUUUUACAUUCGGUGGUCCAGCCAAGCCGGCAGAAUCCUCAGGGUUCGGCUUUGGUGGCCCAAGAAUCGGAAGUCGUCCAGCUACUGGUAUACGUACAGGAUUUAGUUUCGGGGUUAAGGCAGAUGAGACGUCCUUCAAUUCUUUAUCUCCGUUUUUCAGUCAAGCUGGAAAGCAAAUGCCGAGUAUCAAUGAUUUGGCCAAGCAGUCACUCCUGGGUGCAGAGACGGGUCCGUUAGCAGAUGCCCCGAAGCAGACAGCGACAGCCUUCGGUGGACAGGAUAGCAUGAGCGGUACGGCUUCCCCUAGCACACUGUUUCGCACUUCAACAAUAGAUACAUCAAUGUCGACACUCUCUGUUAAGGAGAUGGCUAACCAAGUUGGAGGAUUCAAGUUUACCUUUAGUCCUGAGAAGAUCAUCCCCGCAUCUAAAACAAGUGCCAAAAGCCCACUAAAAAGUCCAACCAAAAGCCCCAACAACGACGACGACUCCAAACUUCCUGAAAGGAUCGAACUCAAAACCGGAGAAGAGGAGGAGGAACAGCUGUUCAAGUUUCGAGCAAACUUGUUCUGCUGGGAUAAAGACUACAACGAGUGGAAAGAGCGAGGGGUGGGAGAAAUCAAGAUCCUACGCCACAAGACGACAAACCGUUCCCGUGUGCUGAUGAGGCGCGAAAAGGUGCUGACGGUGUGCGCGAACCACGUCAUUAACGGAACCAUGUCCCUGCAUCCAAGUUCCGGAUCCGACCGGUCUUGGGUCUGGACGGCCUUUGACGCAGCAGAAGAGGAACCAAAGGCAGAGCAGUUCGCUGUUCGGUUCAAACUCCCUGAAACCGCGGUCGAGUUCAAGACACACUUUGACCAGUGUGUCGAAAAAGCAAAGAGGUAUUCUUCCCCAACCAAAUCAAGUCCGGAGAAUAUCUCUCCCGUCCAAAAACCCUAGGACGAAAGAUUGACUGUAUAUUGGGACGGGAGCAAGUCCGAAACUCCGUCCGCAAACUUUCCGUGGAUCCGUUGGGGAAUUCAAUGGACCCGGAGCAGUCCAAACAUAUUGCGAGGAACACUAAGGCCAUGUUCAUUCAAGAGAACAGUUCGCAGUCAGCUUUUAAAGUUUCUUAAGGAUUGGGCAGUAUACUGGCUCCUUAUCUCACUGCGCUUGGAACACUGGUGUGUCACUGUGGGGUUCGAAAGAGGCUCAACGAAUUUCAGAGAUGAAGAAGAGACUUUAACAGUAUUCAUUACUGUACACUUUUGUAAGUAGGGAAAUAAAUUUGAACACCAUAAUGAUUUUCCCUUUUUUUAAUCACAUAAUUUUAAUAACAAGAAGCAGCAAUUUACACCACACUUUCACCAUACCAACAUUUUUCUAGCUGUUCACCACAAUCAUUGAACAAAUAGCUGAUGCAUGUAUUAACUAUAUAUAUAUAUGUAAUUUUAGAAAGAAAAAUUUCCAGCAAAUUGUAAAGACAGGCUACAAGUUUCAAAUUUUACAAAUAGUACUACAAAUGUUUUGGUAUAUACGUCAAGAUUGUGUCAAAUUGACGAUGCCUAAGCCAAGACAAAUGUAGAAAUUAAGCACUUUUAUCUGAAUGUCUUUCUGUGUUACGAUGUAUUUUACAUAGCUGUAUAUACAGUCUGAUUGUUUUUUGUUGUCUUACUACAUAAUUUUGUGUAAUAGAAUCAUGUGAUAGACCAACACCGAUAUCACUAUUAACUAUGGCGCAAACAUACAUCUUUAAAGAGGCAAUACUUAGUAAUAUAAGAGACAUUUUUCUUGACAUUUCAACAUGUUCAGCAUAUCAGAUUACUUCAAUAAUCUUUUCACUGCAAAUUGUCAAUAAAACAAUCAAAUCUAUUACAAUUCUAGCUUACAAAUCUGCAAUAGAAUAUUCUGAGAAGUUUUAUUAAAUCUGACAAAUUUCCCUUGAAGCCAGAAAAGCUAAUGAUAUGCUUUAAGUUUAUAAAUUUCUGCAUAGUCAAUAGUUAACUAUAUCUUUAGUUAUUAUAAUUUGAAAUUUAUCCUAAGAAUAAAUUUUUGGAUUUUAUCUAUAAGAUUUACAUACACAAAGGCUGAUUAUCUGUAUUCAAAUCACAAAACAGAUUUUAAUAUUAAAUUUUCUUCUAUAUGUAUAUUGUAGACUAAGUGUAGGUUUUAAUUUAGAUUGCUUUGAUCUAACUAAUUUUCAAAAAGAAUAGCAAAGUGUCUCUCUUUUACCAAUAGUUUUGUCAUAUUCUCAGAGCCUAUCCCAUAAUAGUACUAGUAUAGCAUCAUCGUGCUACCAAAUAUGGGCAACACAUAAUCAUGUGACCCAGAGGUUAUGAUUUGAACACUGUUGGAAGGGCCACCUUUUUUUACACUAAAAAUGAUACAGGCAAAAAAAUCAGUAAACAGUAUAGUGAAUAUAUAUUAUGAUUCUGUCUCUAGUCAAAAUUACCUACAUCAAAAUCAACUUCAAUCUAUUAUAAUUGUUAUUUUUCACAAGAAAUUGUCUUAUUUUUGGGGUUUGCUCUCUAGCUUGGAAGAAAUAUUGAGAGAUUGAAACAUAAUUUUUCUAUUUUGUCGCAGUGAUUGACUGAGAGUGGUCACUUUGUCAUAAUGCAACAUUCACACGUAUACAUUCUUUUUUUUAUGGAGAGCAUUUUGUUUUCGGUUCUAAAUUAAAUUCUAUCCAUAGUUGAAUCUCCAAAAAAAAACAAGACGGAAAUUAAACGUUUUGUCCAGGGCUAUAGCUAAAUAUGUAUAACUUUUUUCUUACCUGCAAAGCUCAUUUAUCGAAGAUUUUUUGGUGGCACUGUAUUGGCUGUCUAAGAAAAAAAAAAUACUAAUUUAAAACACUAUCAUCAUGUAAUUCCUGGCAUAAGUCAUAGUAUAUGUAUUUCUUGCUGGACAACAAAUUCAAAAACAGUCCCACUGAAAAUAAAUGGGCUUUUCA